UUUAGACAAACAUUCACUCAUGAUUAGACAAAUCCUCCAAGAAGUAGAAGAUAAGAGGCUCGAACAAGAGCUGCAGGACAUUAAGCAGCAGCAAGAACAGGAGAAGCAGACUCUGAUAGAGAAACAUAGAAAGUUAUAUGGGUCUAAGGAGUUUGGAGAUGCUCCAAUAAAUAACAAAAACUCGGCAAUUCCAGGCCUCGGCUAUGAUUCCACCUCCACUGCACCCAAAAGUUCUUCAAAGAUGCCGAAAUGUGCUGUGUGAAGUAAGAAAAAUGGGGAAUAUAUCUGCCCUAAAUGUAAAAUUCAGUACUGAUCUAUUGACUGCUACAAAGCUCAUUCAGAGACCUGCACUGAAGACUUUUACAAAUCAUGUGUAGAGUCUGAGCUUAAGAAGCAGAGGGUCAACAAACAUCAUACCAAAGAUAUCAAUGAGAUCCUCAGAAGGCAUAAGGAGGAGGCUGAGCAAGAGUCUUCUUCUCUAGCUCCAAAAUUUUCAAAGUUCAAGAAUGAGGAGAUUCUCCAGAAACUAGAAGAUCUGACUCUUGAUGAUUUCACACCCCAAGAGAGACAAGAAUUUGACCUAUAUGUGAAAUCUCUUAGGAAGAACGGGGCUGAGAUUAACCUCAAAGAAUGGAUCCCUUGGUGGAAACAUUAUGAGGAAGUAAGCGAAACUGGAGAAAUCACAGGAUCCUCCAGUGCUCUUGUUGAAGAGAUUCAUCCCAAUUCUGAGAUAGAGAAUAAAGCCUUACUUGCUAUAAAUAUGAACAAAUUUGUCCUCUAUGAUGACCUUGAGAAGGUCGAGCCUGAAACAGAUGGUGAAAAACAGACAGAAGAUAUUGAAGAUCCUGACCCUGAAGAGAACCCUAUUGCUCAUGCAUUCAAGACAGUUCUAGAUGAAUUAGAUUCCACCGAGCAGGAUGAGGUAGACGAUUCAGAUGUGAUCACAAUAGAAAUUGAUAAAAACAGCUCAGAUGAAAAGACAGAAGAGGAAAUCGUCAAUUUUACAUUCUCUUAUAAAGAUAAAGCGAGAUUACUGAAGAAAAAGUAUGAUAAUAUAAAGCCUCUGAAAUCGAUCACAAAGAAAGAGCCUUCAAGUUUGAUAAAAUAUCAUAUCGUGAACAUCCUUUACAGCUUUAUGUUCUAUUAUCGGUUUCAGAAUGGAGAGAUAUUAUCGAAUCCUCCCACUGUGGAUUUUGAUAAUGCAAGAGACUUAAAAGACCCCACAUCCUUGAACAACAUUAAAGCAGCAGUGAAUUUGUCUAUUGAGAAAUUGGCUAAAAUUGAAGGUUAUGACUUAGUCACUGACUACAAACCUCUGGUACUACAAGAUAUGGCAGAAAUGUUCGGGAAAGGAGACACAUCUCCCAAACUGAACGUUAUUGAGGGCAUCUUCAGACUCUACGAUUUGAUUCAUUCAGUAGAAAUUGACUUGAAAAAUCCCAAAAAGUUGUUCUACAAAGACACCAAGAAGACUAAGAAGCUAAUUGUCCAAGAAGUGUCCAAGAUUACCAAAUUGAAGCACAAGUUAAUAUUCUACUUGUGCUAUUUAAAAGAAAGAGAUGAUGCCUUCUUUGAUCAAACAGCUAAAGAAAUCAAGGUUCUGAUGCAACUUGAGUAAUUUUCAAUCUGAGCAAAUUCAAA